CGGGAAGGUGCGGGUCGUCGGCGGAGGGGAGGGAGUGGCUGGGGAGACGCGGGGCCAGAAGGGCAGGACCGCCCGCCGGACCGUCCUCCACCCCGCGACGCAGGCCACCCUCCGGUCCGCCAUCCCCGCGCCGUCGCCGCCGGCCGGCCCUCCCGCCCUCCGUCCCCCGCCGCUGAGCCCGACCUCCAGAAAGCUGAGAGCAUCCUCAUUGAGAGCCACAGCCCGCCACCCCUCCAGCUCGCCCCCCGGCCCUCAGCGAAGGACAGGACACCUCGGCCCGGCCCGGCGGCGCCCGUGAACAGGAGGGAGAGCCAUCUCCGUCCCGCGCCCAGGACCGCUCUGGAGGGAGAAGCCGCCGGGUCGGCAGCCCGCCCCGCCGCCGCGGACACCCGGAUCUCCAAACACUUGAUAAAUCUGAUCCCGUGCCAAGGACAGGUGGUCACACUGUCCCUGGGAGACUGAGUGAUGAUGGAUCCCCAGCUGGAAGCUGCAGGGGCCUUCUGGAGCCCACGGCUGCCCACCUGCCACCUUCUGCCGCCGCCCUUGGCUGGUGCGCGUGCCCUGCACUGAUUGUCUGCUUCGGAAGGCACCAUGCAGCUGGAGAUCAAAGUGGCCCUGAACUUCAUCAUCUCCUACUUGUACAACAAGCUGCCCCGGCGCCGGGCAGACCUGUUUGGGGAGGAGCUAGAGCGGCUCUUAAAAAAGAAGUAUGAAGGCCACUGGUACCCUGACAAGCCACUGAAGGGCUCUGGCUUUCGCUGCGUCCACAUCGGGGAGCUGGUGGACCCUGUGGUGGAGCUGGCCGCCAAGCGGAGCGGCCUGGCGGUGGAGGAUGUGCGGGCCAACGUGCCUGAGGAGCUGAGCGUCUGGAUCGACCCUUUCGAGGUGUCCUACCAGAUCGGUGAGAAGGGGGCAGUGAAAGUGCUGUACCUGGACGACAGCGAGGGCUGCGUGGCCCCAGAGCUGGACAAAGAGAUCAAGAGCAGCUUCAACCCUGAUGCCCAGGUAUUUGUGCCCAUCGGCAGCCAGGACAGCUCCCUGUCCAACUCCCCAUCGCCAUCCUUCGGCCAGUCUCCCAGCCCCACCUUCAUUCCACGCUCCGCCCAGCCCAUCACUUUUACUACUGCCUCCUUCGCUGCCACCAAGUUUGGCUCCACCAAGAUGAAGAAGGGGGGAGGGGCAGCCAGUGGUGGGGGUGUGGCCAGCAGUGGGGCAGGCGGCCAGCAGCCCCCACCGCCGCAGCCUCGCCUGGCCCGCUCUCCCACCAACAACCUGCUGAAGCACAAGAGCCUCUCGCUGUCUAUGCACUCACUGAACUUCAUCGCCCCCAACCCGGCCCCUCAGUCCCAGCUCUCGCCCAACGCCAAGGAGUUCGUGUACAAUGGCGGUGGCUCGCCCAGCCUCUUCUUUGACGGGGCCGAUGGCCAGGGCAGUGGGGCCAGCACCUGCAACAGCAGCAGCUUCGACAUGACCCAGGUGUUCGGAGGCGGUGCCAACAGCCUCUUCCUGGAGAAGACGCCCUUCGUGGAAGGCCUCAGCUACAACCUGAACGCCAUGCAGUAUCCCAGCCAGCCCUUCCAGCCCGUCGUGCUGGCCAACUGACCACCCUGCCUGCUGGGCCAGGAGCACCCAAGACCACAGAAAAGAAAAAGGAAAGGAAAGGCCAAAAAAAGAGGAAAAGAAAAAUAUACAAAAUAUUCCCCAUCUUCUCCCUCUCACUUCUAGAGAAGAGGCAGCCGAGGCACCUGAAUCGUGUUUAACUCACCCUCCUUGCUGUUUUCCUGCCUGCCUAUGAUUGAUUUGGUUGGUUUGGGGUUUGUUUUUUCUGUGUGUGUUUUCCUUACAUGUAGUUUUCUAUAUAACAUCUUUAAUUAGUGGCUUCCUGUGCUAAGAAUGGUCCUGAUGUGAAUUGCUGCUCCCUCCCUUUCUUCCUCCCUCCCUCCCUCCCUCACACACCUGGUUUAGGAUUGGUGUGUUCAAGCUCACAAGAGCCACAGCUGGGGCCUGGCCCUCAGAACAGGGAGAGGCUGUCCCCUGUCACUGUAUCCGCCACCCAGCUAUCCUCUCACUCAAAGCCAUCCGACCUCAGCAGGCCUUGUGUCCUGCCACCCGAAUAGGUCAGACCCCAGCCCCCACUCCUCAGGCAUGGGUCCCAGGGAGCUGCUGGCUGGCCGAUUGACACCCUCCCCCCCAGAGCUGACGUCUAACUCCAGGGAGGUUAGCCCUCUGUUGGAAUUCCUUUCAUCUCUGUCCUAUGCCCCCACACCACCAUUCCCACCUGGCGUCCCAGACUACACCGUGGCCCUGGAGACACAGCUGUUGGCAUGUGUGGUCUCUCAGGCAGCCUUUGCUUCCCUGGGCCUGUGAGAGGGGAGGGGGGCCAGUGUGGGGGUGAGUGAGUGCAUGCGUGUGCGGUGGUCUGCUGUCCUACUUUAAAGAAUUCCAAGCCAUGUGAAACUCCCCCCCCCCCCAUGUGAUUCUGGGUUGUAGCAAGUGCUUACUUAUGUUUGAGGUGGGGGAAUGGGCCGGGUGGGUGUCAGUCCUUUUGUGGGUGUUUCACAUGAUGGUGUGAGACUGGCUGAGCUGAGACACUCCCCGGGGAAAACACUGCAGGAGGAACUGGUUUCCAGACUGCAGAGGGAUCUGCACUGUUGUUUUUGACCAAAAAAAGGGGGUGGGGGGGUAGCUGUGCAAGGAAUACCCAGCCUCUGAUGCCUAAGAGAAGUCCCUGGACCCACCUGUCGUGUGACCUUAGCCCAGGGUGGGAGUUCCGGGUCAGUGCCUGUAGUGGGCAGUGCUGAGCCUUGGAUUGAGCUUUGGGGUCCUUUGGCUGUAGAUGUAGUGCACUUCUGCCCCUGCCUGCUUGGGAACAUUUUGGUACCUCUUGCCAUCCUUCUCACUGGGCCUUGAUGCCAGAGGAGUGGUCUGGGCAGGCCAGGCUUAGCCACUGAAGCUGGGGUGUUUGGAUAUAGGAGAGCGUUUGCUCCCCACCUCUGCCAGACAAGUUGUUUCUCCAACCCAGCCAUAGUGGUCCAGCUUCCAUGCCAUGAUGCUUUGGCAGGUGGGGCACAUGGCAUCAGGGCCCCCAUCACCAGAAAGUUCCAAAGCCCUCGGCACCCCACCCCAUCCUCCCCAGCGACCCAAGUGGGCAACUGCUCUGGUAGUGGGUCCAGCCCAGACAGACACUGCCAGCCUUCCCCGACGGCACCAGCUCUACCUCCCUCGGCAGGGCAGGGCCCUGGCUCCUCAGCCCAGCACCAUCUGUCCCCUUAGACUUCUCAGGGGCCAGCCCAGCCUGGGCCACCCUCUCCCCCUCGCCCGUGGCUCCCACACAGGGGACAGGCCCAGGCAGGUUGCUGCUCCCUGGAAAGGUUGGAUGCUGCCUUAUGCCCCCUCCCCGCACCCUCCUCCCAAACCCACGCACACAGGUACCCACCACACCUGGUCAGCUUGUUUCCUCGCCACAUACAGGGAGAGAGCGAGACCAACCCCUUAGUGUCUUGAAAUACGAAGGAAAAUGUGUGUUCAGGAGCAUGACUCCAGAGCUGGGCUCUCGGGCCCAGUUCAGUCUGUCUUGUCUCAAAUCUAGGCAUUUUUGCUUCAAAUUUUUUUUUAUUUUAAGAAAACCAACAGAAAUCUGCACUAAUUUACCUGGUUUGGUAGGAAAACCUUUUUUUUUUUAUUUUUUACAUUUUUUGGUGUCCGUUUGUAUUGAAUAAUUUGCUACAUUUGUAAAAUGUAAGAGGUAUAUAUAAUAUAUGUAUAUUUCUAACGUAAAAUGUAAUUUUUUUCUUUUCAAGAUUUUUUCUUAAAAAGAGGAGAGAAACAAAGAUAUUUUUUCAGGAAAAACAAACUUUAAAAUAAAAAAGAGGAGAAUAAAACCUUUUUCUCCCCUUUCCCCAUCCUCUAUCGACCCCUCUUUCCAGGAACAAAUCAGAAGGUGGAUCAUCUUGUGAAGAGUGUAAACUUUUAGUCCAGAAUGAUGUAUUUUUCUCAAUGCAGUGAGCUCUAGAUUCUCUAGUUUGACCCUUAGGGAUGGGAAGGGGGCAUUGAGGCAAUGUGGAGAGGGGCUUGGGGAGCAGGGCAAUGAACUUGUUUUCUUUAGUGAAGGAGGAAUACAAUCAGCGUUUUGUAUUCAGAAUGUUGUGCAAUAUUUUGGAAUGGGACAUUGGUGUGUUUAGAGAUUUAGUUUAAAAACAAAACAAAAAGAUUGAUCAAACCUGUACAGUUUAUAUUGUUCCAGAUUUUUUUAAGUUUGUAUUAAAAGCAUGAUAUAUAAUAGUC